GGGAGAGAUUAGAGAGACGAGGAGGGUCCUGCGUGCGUACGGAGGGGGGCGGUCCGUUCAUCCACUCACACACAUGUGGUUCAGACGGGGUGAUGGAGCGUCCUCGACUGAACCUGAUGGAGCAAAGACACAAAUAGGGGCCGCGCUUGUGGCAGGCGAAACAGACACGGAACGACUGAACGGAGCUAACAGUCCGUUUGACUUUAACCGGCGAAAAGCGAAACCGAACACCGGUUGUUUUCUUCUGAGAUUGCCGAACCGGAACGAAAGUCACUGAACGCUAACUGAACUGAAGACUUUCUGAACAGAAUUACGCGACGAUUUAUAAUGGUGGAGCCACUGCUGCGUCAAUAACAUCUGAUAUUGACCUGAAAAGCACACAACAGAGACCAAGCACAACUUUCAACAUUACAACUGAGAAAACAAACAACCUCAAGAUGUUUGAAGAGUCAUCUCAGGAGAUGAGGGUCUUAAAUACGACUGCUCCCAGUAGCACAAUGUCUUUCACCGACGAAGCUGUGUCUAUUCUGACGUCAAGCAGUUUGCUUGCACGCUCGCUACUAGGCCGAACGACGGGGCUUAAACGCAAAGAAGCCACUUCACCCAACAUGAGCUCUGCGAGGCGUAAGCGGGAGUUUAUUCCCCAUGAGAAGAAGGAUGAGGGCUACUGGGACAAGCGCAGGAAAAACAACGAAGCCGCAAAGCGUUCUCGCGAGAAGCGGCGUGUAAAUGACAUGGUGCUGGAAAACCGCGUGCUGGCGCUGCUCGAGGAGAACGCCAGGUUACGAGCAGAACUGCUCGCGCUGAAAUUUCGCUUUGGCCUCAUUAAAGAUCCCUCGAACGCUUCCAUACUUCCGCUCACAACAGGAACCUGCGUCCCACAACCUUCGGCGCCACAUUACUACCUUCCACGUGGGGAUGGCACUCACCAAGCUGGUCCAAUGUUGUCAAAUCAGUCCCAAGGUGGACCGCAAUCUGGACGAAGUAUCAGAGAUACGAGCAGUAUGUCAGAAGACUCCGGUUUCUCCACACCUGGUGGUUCCAGCGUUGGCAGUCCCGUCUUCUUUGAAGACAGACUAAGCGACCAUGGAAAGUUGUCUCCACAUCAAGCAGAUGAGUUGGGUUAUGACUCCCAUCAUUCCCCACCUGAUGUUUUAGCAAUGGGACACGUCCCCAUGUCAUCCAACAGGAUGGAGUCGGUGGACGGUAUGAAGAGUCUUCCACACAAGCUGAGGUUCAAAUCUCCGGGUGGCGGCGAAUGCGACCAUCUCGGAGACCGGCAAAGUCCUGUGCUGACCACGGUGGGCCCUAGAGUUCACAACCUUUCAGGUACAACCGAAGGAGCGGGUUACUGGACACCGCAAGACGAAGACACCCGAAAAGUCAUGCCGCAACAGCAGCAACAGCAGCAGCAGUAUAGGAAUUACAGCCACAACGUGAACCCAAACGAAUCUCAAUACCAAGCCGAGAACAGCAUGCUCAAAUCUCAACUCAGCUCUCUCAGCGAGGAAGUGGCCCAGCUCAAAAAGCUCUUCUCCGAGCAGCUGCUCACCAAAACAAAUUAGGACUUUGUAAAGAGCGCACUGGAACACUGCAAAUAUUCACAAUUGAACUCAUGAACAUCCAUGUAUUAUGAUGGAAAGAACGCAGCAUGUGAAUCACUACCUCUUCACACUUAGUCAUAACCAAAUGGAACUUGCACAUCCACCUUAUUUUGCAAUGCAGACGUAAGCUAUUUUCCGCGAACAUGCGAGACUUCAGGUUCAUUAGGAAAAAGUACUAACUAAAAGUAUUAACUAAAAAUAUAAAAAUAUCGAGCAGCAUGAUGGGCUGUUUUCAUUCAGAUAAAAUAACUGGAAGCAAAUGACACCGGAAGCCUUGCACGUUCAAGUUACAAAUAGCCGUCCCCCACUCUUAUGUUACAAAUAAGGUGGAUAAUGACUUUUAAUUUUAUCUUUUUUUUUUUUUUUACCCCUUCCUUCAACUUACAUUCAAGAACAUGCAAGAGCAUUCCAGGCAUCAGGACAUGUUCGGCUACAACACUUCACCUCAAUUCAUUCAGUUGCUCCUUUUGCCUCAAACACUGUGAUCUUGCUCAAAACGCCUCAGGCUCCUAUAAAACAAUGUCUGCACACACAGACCUGUCUGUCACUGUAAAUGUAAAGCAAAGCAUAACAUCAUUGGUCGUAACGUCAUUCCUCUAUUACGUGCCAACACUACUCAAACACUUGUCAGCAAGUGAGAGGAAAUGCACGGUGAGCCUGAUAGUCUUCACACUGUAAUAUUCCUCCUGUGAUUUGACAGAUUCAUGAGUGAAGUAUAAAAAAAUUGUUUUUUUGCAACAUAUAUCCUGAUUAAAGCAGGAAGGGGGAUAUAAUGGAAUUAAUUUGAUUAUUGUCAUGAACCAGUAGCAACUCAGCACUGAAAGACUGGAUCAUAUUUUUUUCAUACAGAUCACUGCCAUUGUCCAGACAAGGAUAAUAUCUAUUGAACUACACUGUUACUUGCAUUUUGAUGGUGAAAUUUCUGUUGUCUUGUGAGUUCUUGUGUAUUUGUACAGUAUGAUAUGUUUGUGUGAAUAAAUAUUUGAACUGUU